AUGGCGAUCCAAACCCUCCUCUCAGACCUCGCCCCGACCACACUCGCCCUCACCCCGACACAACUCACAGCACUCCUCUCCCUCCUCUGGCUCCUCUACGCCCUCCAGCUCGGCGUCCGACGCCUCUACUUCAGUCCCAUCGCCCACGUCCCCGGUCCGCGUCUCGCGGCGCUGACGCAGCUGUACGAGUUCUACUACGACAUUGUUCUCGGCGGGCAGUACACGUUCAAAAUCAUCGAGCUGCACCGGCGGUACGGGCCCGUGGUGCGGAUCAGCCCGUGGGAGGUGCACGUCGGCGACCCGGAGUUCUUUUCGGAGCUGUAUACGGGACCGGGGAGGGUUAGGGAGAAGUGGGGGUUUUAUACGCAGCAGUUUGGAUCUCCUGGAACUGAAGAGAGCGCGCUGGCAACUGUGAACCAUGAUCACCACAAACUUCGGCGCGCGGCGCUGAAUCCCUUUUUCUCGACGCAGACGGUCCGCAAGCUGCAGCCUGUCAUUGAGGAACGGGUUGAUGCGCUGCUUGACCGUCUUCUGGAACUCAGCGAGAGGUCUAAGGAGCCAUUGGAUGUCAUGUACCCGUUUUCGGCCUUUACCAAUGUCGAGGACGAGACGUUUGGCAAGGUGGUGACUGAUAACCUCCUCAUGGGCACGCAUCUAGGGCCCAUGAUCAAGCACAUGAACUGGGCCUUGACGCUGGUCAACGCACUACCAGAAUCCUUUUCCGGACGUUUCAUUCCGGGCUGGGGCGGCUUCCUCAAGAUGAAGAACGACAUCAAGGACCAAAUCGGCGAGAUCAAAGCCACGCAGCACACGGAAAAGUGGCAGCUGGACGUCAGCCACCCGACAAUCUUCCACGACAUGCUCUCCUCCAAGCUCCUGCCGCCCGCCGAGAAGACGGUCUCGCGGCUCGCGCAGGACGGGCAGAUUUUGGUGCAGGGCGGCACGCUCACAACGUCGUGGACGCUAUCGCUGGCCGUGUUCCACCUUCUCAACCGGCCCUCGACGCUGCGUCGGCUGCGCGACGAGCUGUUCUCCGCGAUUCCGGACCGGGAUGCCGUGGUGCCGCUCGCGGAGCUGGAGAACCUGCCGUAUUUGAGAGGUGUGGUCAAGGAGGCGCUGCGGCUCGGGUUCGGGACGAGUUCGCGGCUGGCGAGGGUGUGCCCCGACGAGACGCUGGUGUAUCACGACAAGGACGGCAGCGGUAGGAGCGUGCAUCUCCCGCCGGGGACGGUGAUCGGGAUGAGCACGUACAAGACGCAGACGGAUCCGCAUAUUUAUCAUGACCCGUUUGGGUUCCAUCCGGAGCGGUGGGUGGAGGACGGCGAGCGGCUGGAGAAGUAUUUGACCGUGUUUUGCGGGGGCACGCGGGUGUGCCUCGGGAUGGCGCUGGCGCAGGCCGAGUUGUACCUCAUGCUUGCGAAGCUGUUCCGGCGGUGGGGCGGAGCGGGUGUCGUGGACGGGAGCGGGAAGGGUGGAGAGGACCGGCGGGCGGGUGAUGUGGGCGUGCUCAGGAUAUUUGAGACGACGGUGAGGGAUUGCGAAAUGGCUGCGGACUACUUCAUUCCGAUUCCUUACAAGUUAAGGAUUUGA